AUGCCAAAAGUGUCGAAAAAGAAGACAUUUCGUGGCCAAAAUCGAUGGAAUACUUUGAGUCCAAUCGAGCCUUCUGAGCUCGCUUCUGAGCCUGUUUUGUCCUCAACAUCGACGCCAUAUCGAUCAACACCAGUCAAUGAAACUGCUUCCAUACGAAAGAUAACAAGUCAAAAUAACGAUAGAAGAGAAGAUUUCGAUGGGGAAUAUGGUUAUAGACUGAUUGAACUUUCAAAUUUAGGUAAUGCAUUUCAGUCUUUACAUAAUUGUGAAUCAGGGGGAGAGUUGAAAGUUACUGAUGAUGAGGCUCGUAGAUAUGGAAAUAGCGCAGUUAUCAUAAUUGAGUGCUCUAAAUGUGACACUAAAAUUGAGCUUCAAACUUCGGGAAACAAGAAUCAGGGAUGGAACCCAAAAAAUUCCAUUGACAUCAAUCGACGAAUGGUUUACUCCGCAAUGGAAAUGGGAGUGGGGAGAGAUGGAAUGUCGGUUAUGUGUGAUAUUUUCAACAUGCCGCCUCCUUGCCAUCCUAAUGCUUGGAAAAAUCAUGUGACUGCACUGUAUGAAGCCCACAAGAAAGCUGUUUCUGAGCAGUUACAGGAAGCAAGAGACAAAGUCUUCACGCCACAGUGACAAUGAGUCCGAAGUUGCAGAGAUUGCUGUGAGUUACGAUGGCACAUGGUCGAAACGAGGGUACACAGCAAACUUUGGUAUUGGCUUUGUUAUUUCAGCUGACACUUGUGAGGUGCUUGACUAUGACUUUGAAUCAAAGAUAUGUAGAGAAUGUCAAAUAGCAAAGAAGGAUCUGGGUGAAGAUUCCCCUGAGUUUGAUAUUUGGUUUGGUGGUCACCAGGAACAAUGUACCCAAACUCACACUGGUUCAAGUGGAUCAAUGGAGUGCUCUAUCGCCAAGAAGAUAUGGGGCCGGUCAAAGGAGAACAAUCUGCACUAUAAGUUUAUGAUUAGUGACGGUGAUAGUAAAGCCUAUGCUAGUAUCUGGGAUACAUAUGGUUGCUGUGCUGAUUGUGAGAAAUGGGAAAACACCGACAAACGUUCAGCUGAGUAUAAGAAAUGGCAUGAAUCUAAGGGUUAUGUAGAAUGGAAGGAAAGUCAUGAGAGUGGGAAGGCCGAUUGUUCCAGGGUGACAAAGUUGGAUUGUGUUGGGCAUGUACAGAAAAGAAUGGGAACUCAUUUGCGGGAACUGAGGAAGAAAGUAACCAAGCUGAAGGAUGGGAAAUCGGUGAAGGGUAGCAAACAUCGACUGACAGACAAAGUGAUAGAUAAGCUCCAGACAUACUAUGGCAAUGCAAUCAGAGCAAAUGUCAAACCUGGGAAGCUAACUGCACAACAGCAAAACGAGCAAAUAUCCAUCAUGCAACAGGCUAUAAUGGCAGUUCUAUACCAUUCAUGUGAACUUAUUGAUGACAAAGAGAGACACAAAUUUUGUCCAUCGGGACCUGAUAGUUGGUGCUCUCAUAAAAGAGAAGGAAAACUUCAGAGAAAGGACCAUCAUUUAGAUGCAGUUUUCUUGGAGUUUCUGCUCCCUGAAUUCAAGCGUCUGAGUCAGUAUUCUCUUUUGCUUCGUUGCCUUCCCGGUUAUUCGCAGAAUGUCAACGAGAGCUUGAACAGUCUUGUGUGGAACCAUGCACCUAAACACCGAUUUAAAGGGCCUCAAGUUAUUGAAAUUGCUGCUAUGUCAGCUGUGCUGGCCUUCAAUUGUGGUGCUGCAUCAAGACAGGAUGUCAUGAAGGCUGCAAACAUCCCUGGUGGUGAGUUCACCCUGGAAGGCUGCAAGAAGAAAGAUGCGACAAGGAUGAGGCACUCUGUAAAUAAGGCAAAGUUGAAGAAAAAGGAAAGAAGGAGGAAAAUCAGAGAAGCCAAACUUGCAGCAAACCAAGAGAAAGGUGAAUCCUCAUAUGCCAGUGGGAAGUUCAACGAUGUUGACCCUCUUGAUUAUGCUACAUCAUCGUCUGAUGAUGAUGACUAUCCACUAGCUAGACUUUUGGCGGACAAUGAUUCCGAGGACAGUGAUUCCGAGGACAGUGAUGAUGCCCCAUUGGCACAUUUCAUCAGCAAAAGACAAUGA